GUUUGGUCAUGUCGUCGUCGAGCGAGCUCCAGUUCAUUGUGGAGCGCCUGGCGUCGCCUCCGUUCAACGAGAGGCUCUCGCUGGUUACUCUGGAUGAAAAGAGCCCGUUUGAGCUUGUCGAGCUGCUGAACAAGGUGGUGGCGGAGCUCAAUGGGCGCGAGCACACGCCGAAUGUGCGCAACGAGGCGCCCGAGGUGACUGGCUCGCGGAUGGCGUCGUUCUUGGCCAUGCUCAACUACAACGCGCCGUGUGGGCCCGAGGAGCUUGCGCGCGGGAUCGGCGACGGUGCGCGCGAGGUGGUCUACCCGGCACUGGCCUGGCUCCUUGUCCACUUUGGCGAGCUGCAGAAGCGGGCGUACCUGGCGCGGUACCUGGCGCCGCUGGACAUUCCGGCGGAGAUUCUGCAGGACCGGUCUGUGGCCGAGUCGUACUCGGCAUACCAGGAGCUGCAGGAACGGUUCAAAGAGGUGCACAAGCAGGUAGACGUGUCGCGCUCAUCGGGCUUUUCGCCGGCCAACAUCAAAGCGGACAUUGCCGAGAUGCAGCGCGACAAGGAGCAGCUACUCUCCAAGAUCUCGCGGGUCAAGCGCAAGGUCCAGGGCCUCCCUAACCUCGCGUACCAGCUUGAAGUCGUAUCGUCGCUCCGCAAGGAGCAGGAAGAGGAGCUGGCGCUUGCCGAGCGCGGGCGAGAGCAGCAGCACCUCUUGCACCGGACCGAAAUGGAGAUGGCUCGGCGGGUGGACAAGCUUCAGGCUCUGCAGUCGUCGUACACCCAGGGCAACCCCGAGGCACUGGUCCGCAAGCUCCUCGACGACACCCAGGUCAACCGGUACCUGGUCGAGGAAAAGCUUCCGUAUGAUCUGCAUCUGCAGGAGGUCAAGAUCAACGAGCUCUCGCGCGUGCUCUCGGCAAACAUGAGCUCCGAGGCGGACCUCGACGGUAUCAAGGCCGAGAUUGCCGGCAUCAACGACGAUAUUCGCCGGUUGAUGGAGGCGCGAAUGGCCAACGCUAACCCGCUCGCCGACGCGCUGGCCAUGUACCGCCAGAACGCCAAGGUGGCGGCACACAAGAAAGAGUCUGUCGCCGACAAGCUCAACAAGCUCAUGGACGAAAAGGCCAAGCUCGACAAGGCCAUCGAGGCCCGCGUUGCCGAGCUUGAGUCGACCGGCAAGCGAAUGAUGCAGGGCGACGAGUGGAACGCGUUCAAGGCGCAGGUCAAGACGCAGACCGCAAAGUACAAGGAGCUCAAGGCGACCAAGGACUCCAUGGAGAUCGAGCAGGGAAUUCUCGCCCGAACGCAGAUGCUGCUCGAGGAGGAGGCCGAGGAGAUGAGCGAGUACCUGCACGAGUUGGAGGUCAACGCUGGCAUCGAGGGCUACACCGAGACCGAGUCACAGCUGCAGAACAUUGUGACUGACCGCGCCGAGCUCAACACACUCAAGGCUGCGACGCUCGACGAGAUCUCCGCCCUUGUCGAGAAGAUCACUCGCAAGAUCGAGGCCCGCUCCAAGGAGCUCGAGCCGGCGGUCCGCAAGCUGCAGGCGCUCAAGCAGGAGAAGCUCGCCAUCGAGGGCGACUGGUCCAAGGCCAAGGCCCAGUACGAGGCUGUAGAGGCCGACAUCUCGACCGGCCAGCUCGAGCUCGCCACCACCGUCCGCGCGCUCCGCGCCGAGGUCGCCGACCUUGAGGCCAAGUACCACCUUGCCAACGCCAACAUUGCCAACGCGCAGCGCGAGCUGGCCAAGGCUGACGCCGAGCGCGCCGCAGCCACCGGCGGCGCCCGCGUCGCCGCCCGCUUUGCCACCUACCACGAGCUCUACUCCAAGCAACUCUCGGAACAGAUGUCGCUCUCCAAGUCGCUGCAGAAGAAGAAGCGCAAGAUCAAGGAGGCUCACGAGCCUAACAUGGCCCAGAUCGCCAUGAUUGGCUCGCUCCACUCGCUUCUUCUCGCCAAGAAAGACUCGGCCGCCGCUGCCCUCCAGCGCAACAAGGCGACCGACGCCGGGGCCCAGCUGCCGACAGCCGGCGGCGCCGGGCCGCUUGGCGACGGCGGGGCGAAUCGGCUGGUCAUCGACUGAUACUCGGGGCUACGCACCAAGCUAAAGACCACACAUUCUAGC